AUCCCACUCCCAGCCAUGCAGCAGAACUUAAACUAUGUGUACCCCCAGAUCUUCUGGGUGGAUGGCUGUGCCAAUGCAAGUACUUCCUGCCCCCCGGCAUCCCCCGUUGCUCCUUUCCCACCACCAGUACCUGACCGGAGGAGAAAGCCAAGGGACAAGAGGGAAAGGAGGAGCGUCGGCUUCCUGGUGAUCUCCUUGCUGAUCCUGCUGGCCCUCACUGGAGUGGGGCUGAGCAUGUUUCAGAUUUUCCACCUGGAGAAAGAACUGGCUGAACUCAGAGAGUCUGCCAGCACUGAACACAUCCCUCCAGCUUUGGAGAAACUCAUAGGGCAGAAGGAGCAGUCAGUGAAAAAGGAAGUGACAAAGGCAGCACACUUAACAGGGAACCCAGCCCAGCGGGACCUCCCUCUGGAUUGGGAACCCAUCUCUGGUCACGCCUUCACUGAUGGCAUUCAGUACCGUGAUCAGGGCCUCAUCAUCAAUGAAACUGGCCUGUACUUUGUGUACUCCAACGUGCUCUUUCGGGGCAGCAUCUGCAGCAGCCAGGUAUUGACUCAUGUUGUCUACAAGAAAAACCCAGCUUCACCAGGCAGCCACAUCCUGAUGGAGGAUAAAGGCAUCAACUACUGUACAAGUCAGAAAACAUGGGCCCGGAAAAGCUACCUAGGCGCUUUAUUCAAGCUCAGGGAGAUGGACAGUUUGCAUGUUAACGUCUCCAAAAUUGCUCUGGUUAAUUUUGAGGAAUCCAAGACAUUCUUUGGCUUAUUUAAGCUUUGAAUGGGGCUGUUGGAGCAUGGCUGAUAGCCCCCACCGCCACACUAGGACACGUGAGGGGUGAGUGCUGCCUGAGUGGUAGUGGCCAAGCCAGGGUCUCACACAUCUAAGCUCACCAGGAAACUAUAUUUUGGUCUUCUGCAUGAUGCCUUCAGCAUCUUUUUGCUCAAGAAACUGGUAAAGGCUUGAAAGUGGACCUCUGGGAAACACCAGGGCUCUAUGGCAUCAGCCUGAAGAGAAUUUUACAUUUUUCCCCUCUGAAAAGAAACCAACAAACUCAAAAUGUGCUGAAGACCUUGCUGAAACUCACUACUUGCUACCUGAGAAGAUGCUGGUGCCAGGAGCCCUGCAUGGUGUCAUGGC